AUGAUUUUGCACGGAGUGAGUGACAAUGCCCGGGAGUAUGGGCGACUCGUGAGUUGGGAAGAAGAGCCAAAGGCGGUUGACUGGAUGGCGCAACGCAAGCAAUUUCUUCCGGGAGAGGGUCUCAUAAUCCUGGAGGUUCAAGAUGAUGACUUUCCUAUCCUAGCCGAGCCACCGCUCAAGACCGACCAAGAGAUUAAUGGCUUCGAAUCCUUGGGGGUGAUGGUAGCCGAAGCCCCAUAUCGGGUUCCCGCAAAGCUAGACCUAUCUCAGAUUGAGUCCCUGCUAUCGGCUAGAGCAUCGGCAGCGGAUGAUCACCUGUGGGCUCUCCGUGAGGAUUCCGAAUACUUCUCUCAUGUUGUGCUCUAG